AUGGUGGGGGAGCUGGAGAAGGAGUUUGUCAGCCCGAAGAAGUGCGGAGUCUUCGCCGCGAAGGGUUUCGUGGUGGGCAAAACCUUCAAAUCGCAGCGCAAGGAGGGCUGCCGCCCGGCGGUCAGCGCCUCGUACCCGGGCAUUCUGGUCGGCCCCGUUCCGAACGCCAGCGCCCAGAACGUCGAGAUGCGUUAG